AUGUCAUAUGUGAUUUCUGGGAAUUCGAACAAGAAUAAAGACGAGUUUUCAAAUUCGGAUUCAAGCUCGAGUACCGACGUGAGAAUGGAGCAUUCUGGGCGUCCAGCAAAAAGAGUUCGAAGAGCCUCGACAGAUGACUCUUCCUUGGAUGCCAAUUCUCUUCAACAAUCAACAGAGAAGUCCCAAGAUACUUUAGCACACGAGAAACAGGCCAGUUAUGCAGAAUUUAUCUGUUCAUCAUCCUCAGAAACAGAAUUUAGAAGAGGCGUUAGAAGAAAACGAGAUUCUCAGGCUUCUGAUGAGGAUCACGAAUCUUCUUCGAGUUCUCUUACAGAAUUUUGUCCAUCAGUAAAAAGAGUACGGACAUCUCGCAAAUCUCAAUCUCCGCAUAAAUCGAGCACUUCUUCUCUUACAGAAAUAUCAGAGGUUUUAUCUUCAUCGUCAGACACAGAUAGUGAAACGCAAGAACCACCAUCGCCUCCAGAAACUCCAGCUCAUCCUCGCAAACGUCAAUUGAUACAGUCAGAAUCAUCAGAUGAAACUGAGGAGGACACGGAUGUGACAACAGAACCACAAUCUCCCUCAGAUAUCCCAAUACCGCAGAAUCCAUGUAAAAUUUGCGGCGGUUUUGAUCCAAUGAACACACAAUACUCACUUAUGGUUUGUGUUGGCUGUCAAAUAUGUGUCCACACAGAUUGUUAUGGAAUAUCCGAUCGAAAACCAAUGGGUAGAAGUUGGCGUUGCGAUCCAUGUCUUAAUGGACGAAUCCGCAAUGCAAUAAAAGUUAAAAAGUGUGUUCUUUGUAGUCAUUCAGAAAAGGAAAAUAAUGCAAUGAAGAGAACGAACGGAAAUAAUUGGGCACACGUCUUGUGUGCUACUUUUAUUCCAGAGACAUCAUUUUAUGAACCCGAAAAUGUUUUUUUAAUUAUGGAUGUUGAAGAUAUAAAGGAUCAACGUUGGAAUGUGGUCUGUUCGAUAUGUCAGAAACCUGGCGGUGCAUGCAUUCAAUGUUCUAGUUCUUGCAACAAAUAUUUCCAUGUAACUUGCGCACAGGAAGCUGGUUGUCACUUAGGGUUCGAAGUAAAUGCUGUUUCAUUACGAUCAGAUGCUACAAAGACGUCAUCUUCAUCAUCCAAAUCUAAAUCAGAAUCUCCGGAUAAUCACAUAGUUGGUAUGAAUCAAAAUAUAAAUGAUGGAUUUAAUGGAGAAAUGAUAUGUAAAGUUUAUUGCAAUGAUCAUGGUAUACCCGAAGGUUUUUUGACCAUGAACACGCGAGAUCCGCAAUCGCAUCAGUCUGCGCUGUAUGCAUACAUCAAAAAACAUAAGAAAUAUGACUUAUCCAAAAGAGGGUACAAGUUAAAAACUAGAUACACUCUGACAAUACCAGAGCACAUUAAAAAACAAAUUGAAGCGCAAAAGGCCUGGUAUGAAUUAUCAACUACGGACGAUGAUAACAAGAAAUGCUUACAUUGUUCGGUAACCCGUACGAUAAAGUGGUGGCCUGCUAACUGGCCUUAUUUACCAAGAUCUGACAGGAUCUCAAUAAGGAAUUCUCUAGACAUUAUUUGCCAUCGAUGCUAUCAAAAAGAGAAGGCAUCAAUUAGCGAAAGUCCAGAAGACGGAAUUAAAAUUGAAGAUAUUAAACACGAGAAAGAAUUUUAA